GGAGGGACAACAGGACACUUUAUUUAAUUCACUGCUACAAACCAACACCCCUUAAUUCAGUCUUCUAGAAAACUGUACUCUUCUUCUUGUGCAGUAGGAAAUGACUUCACUUUUUCCUUUCCUCAGUUGCCCAGUUUGUUGUUGGAAGGGUCACCCGAAGUAUCAGCCACAGACUCCCACAUCGCAACUUCUGCGGGAACGUCAGCGAUUUUUUGAAGAUGUCCUGGAUCAUGAUGUAGAUUUGUGUUAUCCCCAAAUUCACCUGCUGAGAGGGCAGUGGCGACCUCCGCUGGACAGCGUCUCAUCCAUGGAAGUAAAUAUCGAUGCUUUGGAGAUAUCAGAUCCUUUAGAAAUCUCUGAGCUGGAUCCUAAUGAUGCGUUUCAGCAAUCUGAUGAUGACCUGGGCCCUUUAACACCAUAUGCUGACCUUCCAAAUAUCAGUUGCUCCAGGCUCUGUUUUACUGCCUCUCCAGAAGAAGCUUCAUGCACGGAUUAUGAAGAAGAUGCUACGGACAAUGCAUCUGAAAAUCCUUGUGAGAAUUUUUUGGAACACAGCGAAACAGAUAUCUCCAUUCCAGAUCCUUCACACGGUGACGGGGCUGACACAGCUGGACCUGACUCACAAUAACACAUCAAUCUGACAGUGCCUGUUAUUUUAUACAGAAGAUUUAGGACUGAUACUUGUUGUGGUGACACACGGCAUAGGAAAUCUACGCUAGCAUUAUGUAGCCUUUAAAUUAUGUUUAGGAUUUUAGACUGUCAGUUGUUGGGUUUUUGGAAAAGAAAUGUCAUAUAUAUUGUUGGACUCUUACAUGUUCCUAUGUUAAAACUAGCGGCAGAGCUAUAACUGCUGCUGUGGAAACUAUAAAUUUACUGACAAGCGAAGUACAAUUUCUAGACCAGAAUAACUCGAGUAGAAGAACAGCUGAGUUUCCAGUUCGAGUAUUCUUGUCUACAAUACACAGUUCCUUCACAGAAUAAUCCGGUACAGACACAGCGUUUUCAUACAUUCCAGUGUGUUGCAUGGCACAUUCAGGCUGGGCAAUGUCUGAGCUUUCCGCUGUUGUGGGUGGUCUCGCAGGCUAACAGAUGCCCACUCGAGCAGAAGAGCUACAGUUUCCCUUGUCCUGUAUCCGAGUAAGAUAAGAUUUGGUGUGUUACAUUUUAUCAGAUGUUUGGCCUCGCAGCCAGAACCUGCUGGAUGCUGUUUCAUUAUUUUGCACUUUGUAGUGAGAGAUUGUAAUUGUAAUGAAUAAAGAUUCAUUAUAAGGAAUGGGACAAUAUAUGCUUCUGCCUAUGUCAUAAUCUGUACAAAGAAUACGGUGCCUAACCAGAAACUCCCAUUGGUGGAUGUUUUUGUUGUAAUCACAAAGGAAGCAGCACAAUAGCCAGUUAUUAAUGUUCUUAUACACAUCAUAUAUCGCACAAUUCACUUAGAUCCUGAGAUCUGACAGCCAGCUCCCAUCACAAUCAGACACAGUUUUGGCUAAGUGUGAUAGCAUACUGACGAUGCUUAUAACAGCUCACAUAGACUGUAACACUCAACUUUAGAAAGGUCUUAAAAAGUAUGUAAAUUCAUAUUUGUCAGUUCAACACACCACACAAUAUAAUAAAUACAAGUAGAUAAAAACUUUUUAAAUUGUAGUGUUUUACUAGUAACUUUUGUUUCUAUGUCUUUUCCUAUUUCGGUAUUGAUGAGCAAAGCUUUUUUUAACACUCCAAAUAGCAAAGAUGUGGUGUGACAUGUAGACUAUUUUAACAUUUUAAAUACUGGGGCCAGUUACUGCUGGUACAUAAUUAAAGGGUUCCUCCACGACCUCCGCUGCUUUUAGAAGUGUCCAUAGUGGUAGAAGUCUGUAUGUUAUACGGCACAUACAGAAAAAUAUGCCCUUUUGUGCCAGGGCUAGUUACAUCCACAGCACGUAUGAUUUAGACAGGCCAGAACCCUGAUCCGCGCUACCUAUUCCCAUUUCUG